AUGGGGAACGAGAUGGACCGACUUUCAUUACUAGCAAUCAAAGCCAAAAUAGUUGAGGAUCCACUGCAUGUUUUGAGCUCUUGGAAUGACUCUAUCCACUUCUGCCAAUGGCAAGGCGUUACGUGUGGCCGCAGGCAUCAGAGGGUCACCGCCUUGGACUUACAGUCCCGGGAACUGGUGGGAUCGAUAUCACCACACCUUGGGAAUUUAAGCUGUCUGACGGAAUUACUGCUUCAGAACAAUAGCUUUGUCAAUGAAAUUCCCCCGGAAAUUGGCUGUUUGCCAAGGCUGCAGAUUUUGCAGCUGAACAACAAUUCAAUUGGUGGCCGAAUUCCAGUAAAUAUAUCUCGUUGCACUAACCUCAUUGAAAUCGAUUUUUCUUACAAUAGGCUGGUAGGAGAAGUUCCUGUGGAGCUCAGAUCCUUGUCGAAGCUUGUGGUAGUAAUUAUAGAGGCCAACGAUCUUACAGGGAGUAUCUCUCCUUUCGCGAAUUUGUCAUCUCUUCGCGGACUGUCUUUAUAUGAUAACAAGUUUUAUGGCAGCAUUCCUGAUGGUUUUGGUCAAUUGAAGAAUCUUCAGGAGCUCGUACUCAGCGCGAACAUGUUGUCUGGUGCCAUCCCUCCUUCGCUCUUCAACCACUCUUCUCUCACAGUGUUUGAUGUCAAUACUAACCAAAUACAGGGAAGUCUUCCCUGGGACUUGGGCAUCACUCUUCCCAAUCUUGAAUUCUUCAGCAUUGGUUACAACCAAUUUACAGGAUCAAUUCCGGUUUCAAUAUCGAAUGCAUCUAAACUCCAUGACCUAGAAAUGUUUGAAAACAACCUUACUGGAAAGGUUCCUAAUUUAGCGAGGCUGCAAAACCUCGAGUGGCUAAGCAUUUCCGACAAUCGGCUUGAAUCCGAGGAACAUAAUGACUUGAACUUUAUAUCUUCUUUGAUCAAUGCCACCAAUUUAAAGGUUUUGGGCGUGAAUAUUAACAUGUUUAACUUCAAGUUGCCAGAAUCCAUCGGUAAUCUCUCGAGUAAUCUUCAACUUUUGUAUCUAGACGACAAUCAGAUAUUCGGAAGCAUUCCACCUGGGAUUGUAAAUCUUGUUGGCUUGCAGAGUUUGCAUAUGGAUCUUAACCAACUCACUGGUGCUAUUCCAAGUGAGAUUGGAAAGCUUCAAAAUCUACACGAAUUGAAUGUCUUCAACAAUUCAUUGUCUGGUAACAUUCCAUCUUCCCUAGGAAAUCUCAGUUUGUUAAGUAUACUUGUUUUAGGACUAAAUAAUUUUCAGGGAAACAUUCCUCCGAGCCUAGGGAAUUGUAGUGAUUUGCAAAAGUUGGAUCUUUAUCAAAACAACCUUAAUGGUACCAUACCAAAACAAGUUGUUUCUAUCUCAUCCUUAUCUGUAUAUCUAGACCUAUCCCAAAACCAAUUGAGUGGUUCUCUUCCCAUGGAAGUUGCAAAGUUGAUAAACCUUGGUUACUUGGAUGUCUCUAAGAACCUAUUAUCAGGUGAAAUUCCGAGCACUCUGGGUAGCUGCACAAGCCUGGAAACGCUACGUUUGGGGAACAACUUUUUCAACGAAACCAUUCCUUCUUCUUUGAGUUUCUUGAGAGGCCUUAGUGAUUUGGAUCUCGCGAAUAAUAGCUUGUCUGGUGAAAUUCCAGUGUACUUGGAGAGCUUUAUUUUGUUACAAAAUUUGAAUCUGUCCUUUAAUAAUUUUGAAGGUGUAGUACCAACACAAGGUGUAUUUAGUAAUGCAAGUGUAGUACCAACACAAGGUGUAUUUAGUAAUGCAAGUAAAUUAUCAGUAGUGGGAAAUAGUAAGCUCUGUGGGGGGGUAGCUGAAUUGAAGCUACCUAAAUGCAACUUCAAAGAGCAUGAAAAUAGGAGAUCAAACAGUGCCUUAACUUUAGCACUCUCUAUACCCUUUGGGGUUGUAGGACUAGCUCUCGUGGGGUGUGUUCUCUAUCUUUGCCAGUUCAGAAAUAGAAGAAAAGAAACUCCUUCAGAUUCAUCAAAAAAUUCACUCUUGAGGGUGUCUUACCAAACUCUUGUUAAAGCCACUGAUGGCUUCUCAUCUUUCAAUUUAAUCGGUGUUGGUAGUUUCGGGUCUGUGUACAAAGGAAUUAUUGAUGGAAGAAUUGUCGCUGUGAAGGUACUCAACCUUGUGCGACAUGGAGCUUCGAAGAGUUUUGUAUCCGAAUGUGAGGCCUUGAGAAACAUCAGACAUCGAAAUCUUGUCAAAGUGCUAACAGCAUGUUCAACAGUAGAUUAUCAGGGUAAUGACUUCAAGGCCCUGAUUUAUGAGUUCAUGGUCAAUGGGAGCCUUGAGGAGUGGUUACAUCCAAAUCCCAAUGAAGAUUUAUCAAAUGAAGAGUUUAGGAAGUUAAAUCUUUUUCAAAGACUAAAUAUAGUCAUUGAUAUUGUUUGUGCACUAAAUUAUCUUCACAACCAAGGUCAAACACCAAUAGUCCACUGCGAUCUUAAGCCAAGCAACAUUCUUCUGGACAAAGAUAUGACUGGGCAUGUAGGUGAUUUUGGAUUAGCAAAAUUCCUAGGAGCCCAUGCCACCCAUGACUUAUCUACAAGUGAAACAAGAUCUAUUGGCAUAAGGGGAACAAUAGGUUAUACUGCUCCAGAAUAUGGUAUGGGAAGUGAGGUCUCAGCAUAUGGUGAUAUAUACAGCUUUGGUAUCCUCGUGUUAGAAAUGUUUACUGGGAAGAGACCCACUGAUGAAAUAUUUAAAGAUGGUUUAAGCCUCCAUAGCUUUGUCAAAGAGGCUUUGUCUGGCAGUAUAUCAGAGAUUUCAGACCCAAUACUUUUUCAAACCGAAGGAGAAGAAGAAGAAAACUUCAUAAGGGGUGAAAGGAUGUUGGAGUGCUUGAGUUUGAUACUUGAAAUUGGAGUCAAUUGUUCUUCAGAUUUGCCUAGAGAAAGAAUGGAGAUUAAUGAUGUUGCAUCUAAAUUGCAUUUCAUCAAAGACACUCUUUUAGGAUCUGAAAUACAUUGAAAGAGAUGAAUUUUUAUGGGGUAAUCAAUUGGAAUGUAAUAUUUUUGUAUUAAUAAUCUCCUUUCUGGAAGAGAUUACAUGUUUAAUAACAACCUUACUUUCACAUUGAUGAGCCAACUGUACAUUGUAGA